AUGGAACGUACUCGGAGCAGCGAAGUGAGCGACGCCACACGCAAGCGCAAACGUGGAGCAUUGCAAGACAUUAGCAAUAACUCAAAGACGCAAUCACCGACGCGAUGCGGUGUCGUGAAGAAAGAGACGACGGCGGAUGACGUGAAUAAGCCCAAGACAAAGGCAUCGAGAGCUUCUUUGCGUCGUAAAUCGACGAUUUCGAGUGUGAAUUUGGCACUGAAGAGCUCUAUGGCAUCUACAGUGGCUAGUAAAGCAAAGAAGCGUGUAACUGUGAGCAAAAAGACGGAGAUAACGCGCGUAAAGAAGCGGAAACUCGAAGGAACGGAGAAUCAGUCGCUACAUCCAAAGAUACAGACAAGUAUGUUGUCGUUUCAAGCGGUAUCUGUGAAGACAAAGGAGAUGGUGAAGAAGGAGAAGGGAUGGAGGGGUGAGGAAGACAAGGAAAAUGUGGAGAUAGAAGAGGAAGAAGAAGAGGUGGAUGAUCAUGUGGAAGUGGAGAAGGACGUUGUAAAGGAGGUAGUGGAAGAAAAGCAGAGAGAGAAGGAAGUGGUGGGGAAGAGUAAGAAACUGGAACAGCAGCAAGAAGAGACACUGGAGAGUCAGGGAAAAGAUACGCUUGUAGCGGAAGCCGAAGCAUCUGCUGAUGUAUGUGAGAGACGGGACGAGUAUGCUCCUCGUCCGUACAGUUUUACAUACGAUCACAAAAGCUCGUGCUUUGAUGAAGCGACGUACGUAGCAGCAGUGCGUGAUAUUGAUGCUCCAUCUGCAACAAUGAGUUCGCAUUACGCGAAGCUUGUGCGAGAGCUGGACAUUUAUUACAGGAAGCACGAAACGAAAUAUCUACCUGAAGCAAAUUACAUUGGCACGGUGCAAAUGGACAUUAACGAGAAGAUGCGCACGAUUUUGAUUGAUUGGCUCGUAGAGGUUGGCGAGGAGUACGAGCUCGACUCACAGACGUUUCACAAGGCGGUCAACUUGGUGGACCGUUGUCUCAAGAAGAUUAAGAUUAAUCGUAAACAGUUCCAGCUCCUAGGCUGUGCAUGUAUGAUGAUUGCAGCGAAAUUUGAGGAAGUUUACGGCCCGAAUGUGGAGGAAUUCGUAUACAUCUCUGACCAGACGUAUACUGCAGACGAGAUGCUCGAUAUGGAAGCACAAGUGCUCAAGGCACUAGAGUACCGUGUUGCAUCGACUACUUGCUACGGUUUCAUGCAUCGCUACAUGCAAGCAGGAUGUACGACGGACAAACAGCGAUCGCUGGUGUCGUACCUCUGUGACCUCGCCCUAUUGUUUUACCACAUGGUGCGGUUCAAACCUUCAAAGCUGGUGGCUUCAGCUGUAUACCUCGCUCGUUUUACCACAAGUGAGACUGAGGCGUGGACUCCUACAUUACACCACGUCACCAAGUACAAUCCACUAGAUUUUCAGGACUGCGUCGAGGAGCUUCAUCGUCUUCACGCUAUCGAGUCUCAGGUGGUCAACACUCAGCGCGACAAAGCAAAGGCAGUGAGCGAGAAAUACUUAGCAGACAAGUUUGACAAGGCGAGUACUAUCCCUGCGUGCAGCAAGAAUCAGUUGAUGGACUCGUUUCCCCAUUACAAGCCUUCUUAG